ACUCCUGUAUUUAUGCACCAGUACUUCUACAAUGUGGUGGGGGUAGAUAUAACACUUGUUGCUCAAAUUGAAGAGACGCCCAUCGGCAGAGCAUUUCUUCCUUCCUUCCUUACUGCCCACCGGUGGACUGUUGACAGAUCGCCCGCCGACCUCGCUGUGUCGAGGGCAUGUACAAAUCUAGUACUAGUUGCAAGAGAGCAGGCCUUGGAGCAAGAGGGGUGACAUUGCUGCUGCCGCAAAUGAACAGGACAAUCAUUUCUUCAAGGUCAUGAUUGGUGAUUUCCGUGACCGAAUGACAAUACCAGACAAAUUUGUGCAAAAAUUUAGGGGUCAAAUAACAAGAACUGUAAAGUUGGAAUCGCGCAAUGGAAAUACCUUCGAUGUCCAUGUUACAGAGGACUUGCACAAAGUGGUUCUCCAGUCUGGAUGGGAGGUGUUUGUAAGUGCUCAUGGCAUAAGCAUGGGUGAUUUCCUGGUAUUCAACUAUGACGGGAACUCUUGGUUCAAGGUUCUAAUAUUUGAUCCGAGUGGUUGCGAGAGAUUGUCGUCAAGCUGCCUCCCGAUGAAAACUGCUCCCCAUGAUGGCCAAGAGUGUGGAGAAAAACUCACUGGAACCUUGAGCAUGCGCCAUGAUCUUCCCAUGAUGGGAUCACCACAAAGUGAAAGGGGGACUAUGAUACAAUGGGAUAACUCAAACCAUGUGGAAAAUAGUAUCGUUCUUGGUUCAUCAAGCGCUCCAUCGUCCGACUCAUCAGGGGACGGUCUAUCUUUGGAAGAUAACCAGGAAUUGUCUUUUGUUCCAAGCCCAAUUCUCCGAAACAGGGCUAAUCUAACGGAUAUUCAGGAGAGGAAGAUGAAUGAAAAAGUCGAUGCCAUCCAUUCCAAAAUACCCAUCUAUGGGACUGUCAUGACAAAGUGUAACAUUUUUGGAAGCCCUUGUAUUCUGGAUUUAUCUAGCAAAUAUGCUGAUGAAUAUCUUCCGCGCGAGGACCAAACAUUGAUGCUCCAACGCCGCGACAAGAGUUGGAAAGUACAGUUCCAUAUAAACAAGAACAACACUAAGAGGCUUUUUCAAGGAUGGGGAGAAUUUGCAGACGACAACAAUCUGAAGGUAGGAGACCUUUGUCUCUUCGAGCCCUUGCAAAAGAAAAAUCGUGUGAUGAAUGUCCAUAUCAUACGCAAAGCAUGAAGUUUGAUGGGGCAUCUGCUCUACUAGUGACGACUUCACAUUGGCAGCGCUAGAAUUUCAUCUUAAUGUACACAGUACACUUAUGAUGAUGAUCUACUAUUCCCUGAUUAGUUGCUGGUUGUGUGAAAGUUCAGUUGCACCCUUGUUUGCGUUACUAUGGAACUGGCUAGUGGAACAUGUUUUGUAGUAGUAACCUAUUUGUUUUGGUCCUUUAUUA